AUGUACUACGAGACCAUACUGACUGUCCCUCAAGCGGACGCUCUCUUCACUCCUCCCUCUUCCUACUCUCCUCAAAAGCCGAUUGCGAGGCUGGACCUUGGCUUCGACUCUCCCUCUGACGACGUGCUAGACGCUGAUAUCUUCAACAUGACUGGCACAGGAUCACCUCAACCAUACAUCAAAGAAGAAGUCGACGAGAUGUCUUUCAACCAACGCUUCCUCGGCCACAACGGCCUUGACAUGAACCACCAAUACGCUAACGCUCAGUUCGCUGGGCACGAGAAUGCCAAUGGCAUCAACCCCUCUGAGCUCAACAUGAGCGGGAGCAUGAUGGGCAACCACUUCGCCGGCAACAGCUACAUGCAGGGCGGAGCAGGCAUCGCCGACGACGAACUUGCCGAGUCACUUGGCACUUUCGAACAACAACCAGGCUUCAACAACUUUGCCCAAGAGCAGGUCGGCCAGCAAGACUACUACCACAGUCACACCAACAACCCAAACAUGAACCAGGUCUACUCAAACACCCCAGACGACCUGCCCAUCCACAGCCCCUUCAACCACCCUGGCAACUUCGACUUCAACCAGUACCAAUCAGUACCACAGAGGAUGAACUUCCCUGGCAGCAUGCCCAGUGGGUCCAUGCGCCAGCGUAUCACCAUGAGCCGGACUGGUUCUGACAGCCGUGCUCCCAUGUCACCAAAGACCCCUGCCAUGGCUGGUCUCCACCUCGGCACGCCAGACUCUGGCAACUUUACUCAGCCAAUCAUGACCAACAUGCACCGCCAUCAAAAGAGCGUGUCUGGCCAGUGGGACGGCACUCCCGGAAGUGCGCACUCAUGGAUCGACUCGCCCACCGCGUCGCCCCACCAGGGUACCAUGCACCACCAGCAGAUCACCGAUGUCCUGCAUUCCGGCAAGCACAACUCACUACCCGCCAAGGUCGAUAUUGGCCAGAACGCAGACGCCAAGAAGCGCCGGCGUCGGGAGUCUCAUAACUUGGUCGAGCGUCGCCGACGGGACAACAUCAACGAGCGCAUUCACGACUUGUCUCGUCUUGUACCUCAGCAUCGCCUCGAGGACGAGAAGAUCCGCAAGCACAUCAACAACAAUGGCCCCUUGUCACCUACCAUGGGCGCCACCGGCAUGUCGCCUCCACAAGCAACGUCACUUCUCGCUGGUGGCAAUGGAAGGCGGGCCGCUGGUAACAUUACACAGGGACUGCCCAUCGAGGAGAAGGACAAGGGCCCGAACAAGGGUGACAUUCUCAACGGUGCUGUCAGCUGGACUCGCGAUCUUAUGUGGAUGCUGUCCAAGAAGCUUCAAGAGUGUGACGAGCUAGCUGCACGACUUCAACAAGCCACUGGCGAAGAGUGGGUUACCGAACAGACUGAAGAUGAGAAGCGCAUGAAGACCGAGAUCCUCGAGGCUCUUGAGAAGAACGGCUCGGGUACCUUCCGAUACUCGCGAGGCCCUGGCUCCGGACUCCGAGUGCCCAAGCACACCAACUUGGCCGGUGAACCUAUCAGCGGCGCAUCUCCACAGAGUCUUAGCCCAGGCAUGCAGAGUACCGGUAGCGGCUCUGGAUCGAAUCAGCAGCAGUACUGGUCUAGUCUCAAAGAGGAGGAUGAGUACGGCAUGGACAUGAACUGA